GUUUUCCCUGUAAAGCUAGGGAUUAACAUUGUAGGAAACGUCAGCCUUUGCUGUGUUUAUUCAGUGCUGCUUCCUAUCUCAGCUGUCAAGUGAGCCCAGCUUCAACUCAUUGCCUCAACUGAUUCCGGUUUCCCUCCAAGAAGACAGCGUAAACCUAACUUCACUCUCCAAGAUGCACUGGGCUUGUGAGUUCACUUGAUGUCAGCGUCCUCGGGGGAUGGGAGGGUCUGCAAAGUCAAACAGUGUCUAUGACCUUAGCUGAAACCUCCAGCUAUCCCACUCAUCAUUUCUAACAUGGAGGGUGUGGCAGUGGACAACCUCAUAGACUUCGACCUGCCCUCAGGGGCCUCAACGCUGAGUGUAGACGGAGGUCAACAACAAGGCCACACAGACAUUUUCUCCCCAGAGCCCAGGUCAUCCACAGGACUUCAUCAGCAGCCUUUACUGCCAGAGCCCAUGGCACCCGCCCAGCAUGGCUCUCACCCCCACCACCACCAAGAGGAGGGAGACAAUGACAGCGAUGCAACAGAGUCCGCAGACAGUGAGAAUGACAUGGACCCGCCCUCUGACGCGUGGGAGCUGAGGAGGUCGUCAUCUUCGUCGGCGCACAGCGGAGAGGACGCUGACGCCGACACAGUGGAGAGGAGGAAGUUCAUGAAGGCUUAUGUGGAGAAGGUGUUUCAUGGAAAGGAGGACUUUGACCAGGAAGAGCAGGCUCGCUUUGGAGAGCUGUGCAGCGGAGAGAACGGCAAAGGUCGGGAGUGGUUUGCCAAAUACGUCAGUGCACAGCGCUGCCACUCCAAAUGUGUGAGUGAAGCCACCUUCUACAGACUGGUGCAGUCGUUUGCCGUCAUGCUGUUUGAAUGUUACCAGAUGGAUGAUUACAGCCCCGCCAAAAACCUCAUGACUAUGUGCUUCACAUACUUCUACAUCGGGAAAUCUCAGCCUUCCCCCUCUGAGCUGCUGGAUCGGGGUCCUCCAGUUAGUCUGGAUUCAUACCUCAACAAGGCCAACUCCUGGCUGUCUGUGAAGAAAGGUGCAGCCGAGCGCCUCCUUAAAAACACGUCAAAGUCAGACGUCAAAGGUUUCUUUGGAGGCCUGGAAAACAAGCUGAGGAGCUCGGUGGCUACAAAGACUGAGGAAAGUGAAGGAACAGUUGAGACGAAGCCCAGAUCACCAGUGUCAGAUGCUCCAGAGGAAAAGAAAAGUGAAAAGGUGUACCUUUACACUCACCUGAAGCAGCAGCCCAUAUGGCAUACAUUACGAUUUUGGAACGCAGCUUUUUUUGAUGCUGUCCAUUGUGAGAGGACGAAAAGAUCACCAACUACUAGGGGAACGCAGGAUGAAGAGAAGUCUGAGAGGGAGAGGUGGUGUCAUAUGACCCAGGAGGAGAGGGACGACAGCUCCAAAAUCGAUGAGAACAUCGCCUUCGGCCAACUCGGGACAUUCACUCACAACAUGCUGGCGUUUGGGCUCAGUAAGAAACUCUGCAAUGACUUCCUGAAGAAGCAGGCUGUCAUCGGCAACCUCAAUGAAGAACAGUACAAGCUGCUGAGCGACCACAUUGAGAAGAUGGCGGCAGAAUGAGUUUGAGGAGGACAGGCAGCAUUUCAAAGACUGACAGUGUACACACACGCACACACACGUACACACACACACACACAUCAGCAGUUUGUUUUCACCUGAGCAUCACAUUAACCAACAGUCUGUCUCACUGUUGUUGCAUUUGUGCGCUGUACUGCUAAAAAUCAAAGUGACAAACAUUACUGAACUGUAUUAUAUUGUAGCAAACCCUGCCUGGUAGUGGUCCUCUGCAUUUGUCCUGUUUUAGCAAUAGUACGUCGUCUUUAGCUGGUGUGUACUUUAAUAUCUGUAACACUGCUGACACUGAGCAUCUUCACAGACAAGAAGAGCACAAAGGGAAACCAUCAAGAAUAAACCUAAACAGCCCCAGUGUGGAGUCAGACUCUCUGGAUGUAUGUACAUUACAUAUAUCUAUAUAUAUAUAUCUGUGCUGUUUUAAACUCUGUGGUCCUUGGUAAUUAUAUUUAUUACAGGUAACACACCUAACAGCUUCUAAUUUAAAUAGUGUACUGAGUAUCUAUUGUCCUGCCUUGUUAUUUUUUUUUUUUAAUAAUUGUGUAUGUACAGUUCAACCUUAAAUGGCAAUGUUAACUCAAAUAUUAGUUGUUGUCAGAUCAGAAUAAAUUACAAAGACAGUUAAUUGAAUUACUCAAUACUCUAUCAUGCUCAUCUGUGUUUUUUGUAUAAUGUAGUAUCCUAUGUGGCAGUUGACGUAGAAAUAUGUGCGUUUGUAUUGUUUAUCUUUAUCUGUUGCAUUUAAAUUGACAAAAACAUUAUCUCUCCAAACAUCUAUACAGCACAAGUUUGAUAUCUUCUUGACAAUUACGUUUAUUUACUUUCAUGCAGAGAGUUAGACAAAAAGGAUAAACCCUGCUCAUGCUAGAAUGCCUAAUAUAAAACUACAGCAAGAAACAGUUAGCUUAGCUUAGCAUAAGGCCUGUGAAAGGACAGAGAGAUACAGCACACCUGGUUCAUUCUAAAAGUAAUAAAUUCACUUAUCAGCACCCCUAAAGCCUCUAAAAUUUCUUUAAUCCAUAAGAUAGAGUUCAAAUUAAAGAGUGUGGAAAUAGUGGGAGCUCUGUUGACUGAAAGUGCGCUUAUUGUUUUAAAGGGAAGCAGGAUAGUGAAGGUCCAUGCUUGGCACUAGAUCCUGCAUCAUUCAUUGACAUUUUAUCUGCUUCUCUUAGCAGCAGAACAAGUACAUUUUUUCCUGCCUUCGUGCUAAGCUAAGCUAACUGUAGCCAUAGCUUGAUAUUAAACAGACGAUGCUAUCAAUCUUGUUAUCCAACUCUGGGAGGGAAAAAGAAACAAACAAACGAAGUCUUCCUAGAAAUGUUUUCAAUUCCAACUGUGGGACAUAUUUAAUAUACAGUGGUAUAGAUAUUAUGAGGUUUAUUUAAUAGAGACUUCCUUAUACCUUUGGAAACAUUGCCAAUCCCAAGUGCCUUCAAUGAAAGUUAUUGGCCUCCACUCUAUCAUUUGAUGCUAUACCCUUUUUUUGCUAAUUACACCUUAGCAUUUAUGCAUUAUUCAUCUCUUAUUUUCAUUCCCUGCUAUGUAAACGUCCCCUGCAUGCAAAUAAAAGUCUUACUAUCUGCGCUCCCAUUGUUGGAUCUAAGUGGUAGUCCUUUUAAAUCCCUGCUCCAUUAGUAUAUUUCUGUAAAUACCCAGCAUGUGCAGCCCACACCAAGCAAAUGUGAAAUUGAACUGUGAAGUGACAACUGUAUUACUUCAUCUGACCACUAUGGGGCAGCAUUGUGUCUUCAUUCAAUUCCCUUCCCAGGGAGAGAUUCCUUAACCCACUUUAACAAAUUCCUUCUUAGCUAUAUGAAGACAAUAUGAAUCUGGGAUUUUUGAACAUAAUUAUGGUUAUGUACAUGUGAAUACCAGGGUGAUGCACUUUUUGACAGGUCGAUCUUUUUCAGAUUGAUAAUUUGUUAAGCGAUUUUGUAAAUAGUGUAAAUGUUUAUUUUUGUGUUGUGAGAAUUAAUCAUGUGCUGUUUUGGUGAAUUCUCGAUCUUUAAUUGUAAAUGUAUAAACUGUAGCUGUAAAAGUUCCAAUUAGUGCCCAACUGUAGUCAUGACCCUGAAGUGCUUCUGAACAUGUAGCCUCUGUUUGAUGUGGCCGUUCAAAGUAUGUACAUAGUGUUGUGAAAUUAUGACCCAUUUUAAAUGUACAGUUAAAGGUUCUAUGAUUCAUAUAGAAAGCCAUGAAAACCUCUGUAUCCUGCAAACUGUUUUUAACGAUUCAGUUAUUUCUCCAAAGUGUCUCUUUGCAUGUGGUCAAAGUCAAUAUUUAAAACUUUGAAUCAUAUUCUUAGACUUCUUAGAUCAUUGUGUUUUUCUCUGAAGUAACAACCUUUAUCUGUUUGCUCUGCGCGAGCCCUUUGCACUACAUGUAGUCCAUACAUCCACUCUACACAUCCUCUUGUGAAUAAUGUUACACUGGUUAUUGCUUUUAUAUUUGUUCAGUGCAUGCUGUCUCUCUACAAUGGGCAUAUCUGUUGUGAAUUGUUGACCCAAGUUUGUCUUUUAUUGCCUGGAGGUAUACUCACUUUCAACCAUGCUGACUUUGUGUAAAGUAUCAACAAAGCAGAAUAUAUCAUUAAAGUACAAAAAAAACA